AUGAGCGACUACGAGGGCGGGCCGGCCAACGACGACGACCUGUCGCUGCCCAGGGCGACGGUGUACAAGCUGAUUGCCGAGAUGCUGCCGGACGACGUGGCGUGCGCAAAGGACACGCGCGACCUGCUGCUGGACUGCUGCAACGAGUUCAUCCACCUGAUUGCGUCCGAGUCAAACGAGAUCUGCGAGAAGGAGGCCAAGAAGACCAUUGCGGCCGAGCACGUGCUGGCGGCGCUGCGUGAGCUUGGGUUCGAGAAGUACGUGGGCGAGGUCGAGGAGGCGUACGGCGAGCACCGGCAGCAGCAGACAAAGGACCGGGGCCGCAAGAGCACCAAGCUCAACCAGCUGGGCAUGAGCGAGGAGGAGCUUCUGCGCAGCCAGGAAACCAGGCCGCGCAGGGUGCGCCCGACGGCGGCGCGGCGACGGAAGUGCUUAGCGGAGGACGAGCGGCGCUGCUUGCCAUGGGCCUAG